AUGCUGCGGGGCUGCCCCGCGCGCAGCCGGCGGAGACGCGGGCUCGAGGGCUGGCGCGGUCGCAGGCUGGCGCGCGCGGGCGGGGCACGCGACCUCCGAGGCGCGCGCCGCGCUCCGCUCCGGCCGCCGCCGAACCCGUCCCGCGCCUGGGCCCCGCCCCCUUCCCUCCCGGGCUCCGCGCUCUCCCGCCGAGGCGGGGGAAGGGGGCGCUUUCCAGGAACUUUCCAGGAAUACGCGUCACGUGGCCGCGGCCCGGGCCGCCGCGUUAAAGAGGCUCCGGAGCGGCCGCCGCCGCCCGGCUGGGGAACGCGAAGCGGUCCUGCCCGCCGCCCCGACGGUGGGGGCCCGCCUCUCCGCGCCCUCGCACUCGUUCCCUCAGCCGGCCUGGGCACGUCCCGGGGGCCCUGCCCGCCAGGCUACAAACCCCCCGGGGCUAGCCCGGGCACAGAAAGCGAAGGCCGCCCCCGUCCGUGGGGACCUUAUCCUCCAGAGUGCCCCCGCGGGAAGGACGCGGGCCCCGCCCCGCCCCUAGAUUUCCACAGGUGGCGACCAACGCCCCCAGGGCUCCGCGGAGCGCGUGGGCCCGUCCAAGAUGCGGAGGGAUGCUCGCCCAGCGACCUCCUCCUCCGACGGCCCCCCGUCCUCGCCAUCUCUGAGCUUAUAUUCCCCCCAGUACGACCCCUGUUCCACCUCCGGGGCCGCUGCCGUCCAGGUGAGGAGGGAAAAGAUGCUCCCUCCUCCCAGCUCGAGACGGGGAUGCGAGGGGUAGGCGGGCGGGCCGCCCCCAAAUCCCGGCUGAGCGAGUUUCCUCCCUUUUCCCCACUUUGGAUCGGAAAGGAGCGGGGAGAACCUGGGGGCAGCCAGCGUGGCUCGGGAGAAGGGCACUUGGAUGUGGGUCCCCGAGAAGCCACCCCCGCGGGCGGGCGGGCGAGCGCGCACAGAACGGAGCACCCGACAGACGCGCGCCUCCUUAACCAGCUCCCGCAGCGCCUCCAAUCCCCUCCCCGCCAUCCUGCUCCGAGCUCGCCCCUCCCUCCCCACGCCCUCGGCUCCGCCUCGCUCGCCCCGCCCCGUCCCGUCCAGCUGUGCGGCUGCUCACCUGCGCCCGGGGACCAGGGACACGCCCGUCCCUACCUAGACUCCCAGCUGGCCCCGACGGGACCAACCGGGAGCACCUCUCUCUGCCUGCGCGUGGCUUCGUGA